UGGCUGGCGCUAGAUUGUUGGCAUUCUUGGAAUAUCUGAGAUUAAAUGAGGUUUUUCACCUUUUAUUUUCCCAUUUAACAUUUUCUAUUUGGAAAAACAACUUUCUUGAUUGGUGCAUCUGUCUGAAUCGUACUCAAACUUGGCUCGAUUUCCUCAAAACAUAUUUUUAACGCAAGUCAUUUAUUGUUUUCAUUGGAGACAAAGAAACGCUGAAACAUCAUUGUUUUCUACUUUUGAUUUUCAUCAGAAGGUUAGAAAAUAUGAAAAACAACGGAGCAAGAAACUAAUCAAAUUUUAAAGUGAACACUGAAUAAUUAAAAAUCCGUAGACCUAACUCAUCCGAAAUGAAGGUAACAGUAACUACUUUAACAGAUUUCAUAUUCGUCCUGGACGUAUCUGAAGAUCUGGAACUUGAGAACUUCAAAGCCUUUUGCGAAAUUGAAUCUGGCUUUCGUGCAUCGGAAAUUGUCAUCGCCUACAAUGGAAGGCCCUUGAUGGACAACAAGAUGUCUCUCAAAGACCAUGGAAUACGUGAUGGGGAUGCCGUCAUUCUUCAGCACAUGCAGAGUUCGCAGACCAGUCUAGACCAACCAGUUAGCUUAGACUUCAGUAACAUACAAAUUCCUAAUAAUCCGGCAGUGAGAAACAGACCCAAUGAAGAUGACCCUGUUCUUAUCAGAGACAUGUUCCUAGCGAAUCCGGAUCAACUAGCCUUAUUGAAACAGAACAAUCCGAGAUUGGCAGAUGCCCUUCUUAGCGGAAACAUAGAUACGUUUGCUUCUGUCCUGCGGGAACAAGUUCAAGCUCGACAAGAACGUGAGCAUCAGCGCUUGAGGAUGGUGAAUGCUGAUCCAUUCGAUACCGAAGCGCAGCGCCUGAUUGCCGAAGAGAUUCGGCAGAAAAACAUUGAAGCUAACAUGGAGGCCGCCAUGGAGUAUAACCCUGAAUCGUUCGGCACAGUAGUUAUGCUAUAUAUCAACUGUAGGGUCAAUGGUUAUCCAGUUAAGGCAUUCAUAGACUCUGGGGCACAAACUACUAUUAUGUCGAGCCGAUGUGCUGAGAGGUGCAAUAUAAUGAGACUGGUCGAUACCCGGUGGGCUGGUAUCGCAAAGGGUGUAGGAAUUCAAAAAAUUAUUGGCCGCAUUCACAUGGUCCAGAUCCAGAUAGCGAGCGUCUAUCUAACAACGAGUUUUUCCGUCCUGGAGGAGCAGCCCAUGGAUAUGUUGCUAGGACUGGAUAUGCUGAAAAGACACCAAUGUUGCAUUGAUCUCAAAGCGAAUGUUCUGAGAAUCGGCACCACCGGUACCGAAACGCCUUUUCUCCCGGAGAGUGAGCUGCCCGAUUGUGCCAGACUGAGCAGCUUGUCGGAAGAAGAGGUCAUGGCGAAAUCUAGGAAAGAAUUAGAGGAUAAAGACUUACAGAAGGCUCUGCAGAAUAGCAGGCAAGUCGACAGUGGCUCUAGCUCCUCACAACCAAUGACUGUUCAAAGUGAUACUCAAAAUACUUCCCAGGGAGAUAAUUUCACGGAAGCCGACGUCAGGGAAAUCGUUUCUCUGGGAUUCACACGUGAUCAGGUUAUAUUUGAAUUGCGAAGGUUCAACGGGGAUAAAACUCAAGCAACUGCCGCACUCUUCGCAAAAUCUCUCGUAUUUUGAAACGCAUUUAGUUAUAGGAGUAUCAUUUGUUGAAUCUGAGAUUACAUUUAUGAUUUUUCAAUUUAUAAUGCACUGGGAAAGAAUUACGGGAGUGUUAUAUGUAGAAAAUGGGUUUAGACUUUUUUUGAGCUUGUGUUUCUCAAGGGAAGUUAGUUCAAUGUAGUCUUUAACGAUAGCAGUAUAGUAAUCUCAGACCUGGUGGUUCUUGUUUAGAUAUUUUUUGAAUAAUGUAUCUCAUAAGCAGCGUGACGUAAGGAAAAUUCUUGGAGAACCUUCGUAGUCUUUUCUAUGUCCAAUGUUUUGAUACACAUUUGUUUUAAUAUUCAUAUAUUUGAUGAUGUAACGGUGAAAGUAGUUUGUAAAAAAAUCAACUGAUUCAGAGGAAAACGUUACUUGGACAAACUGAUUCCGAUACUGCUGUUUAAUUUUUUUCUCUAAAAUUUUUUACUGACGAACAGAAAGGAAACUGGCAUGAUUUUUCUUGCAUGUGGAUCCACCUGGAUGAAAAUGAAGGAACUGUGCAGAAGUCCACAGAAAGACAGCAAUUUUUUGGCGUGAAAUUCUUUCAACUUGUUGCAAACGUAUUGAAAUAAUUUCAAAACUAUAUCUCCUAUAGAUAUUUCAAAACGAUGAAUUUUUGCUGUGAUGAUUGGUAUAUGCAUGUAUUUCCACAAUGUCGAUAAUAAAUAAUCCAUUCCA